UCUGAAAACAAAAAAGAUUUUAAACGUUUGUUUCAACUCUUCCAAAACAAAGUUUAGUAACAAUCUAAGUGUUUGGUUGAUAUUUUUUUUCUAGGACAAAAAGAAAAAAGACAGUUUUCAAUUAAGGUUAUAAAGUUAAUUAUUUUAUUCAAUACUUAAAUUAUUCUAAAAAAUAUAAAUUCAUUAUUUAUUAACAAGCUUUUUUAAAAGUAGACCCAAAAAUAUCCUUCGCAAGCAAGAAGUAUAUGUUGAAAUGCCCCUUGCAGUGUUAAAUCUUAAGCGAUUAAGUGCAACCGAUGGCUACGCAGCUCCCUGGUUUGUUGCUGAACGGCGUCGGCCUUACACUAACCGGCGGCCGGUCUAUUAAUUGCCGGAACAGUCAACCUCCGGCGGCUAUCUCCUCCGCCAAUCCUCCUCCUCUCUCUUCCACAAUUCAGGCUGUUGGUUGGAAAGGUGCUGGAGGGUCUGGUAAUGAGAAUUCAAAACUUUUUAAUGCUUGUGAAGGCAUUCAAGAAGAAUAUGACUGGAAUGAUCUAGAAACCGAACUUUAUCGUUGGACAAAAACUUUACGACCAGUUCAGUGGUAUCCCGGUCAUAUCGCGAAAACUGAGAAAGAGCUCAAGGAACAGUUGAAACUAAUGGAUGUUGUCAUAGAGGUGCGAGAUGCAAGAAUUCCGAUGUCGACAAGUCAUCCACAGAUGGACUCAUGGCUUGGCAACAGAAAGAGGAUUUUGGUUUUAAAUCGAGAGGAUAUGAUAUCAACUGCUGAUCGGAAUGCUUGGGCAUCUUAUUAUGCUAAUCAAGGGAUUAAAGUUGUUUUCUCCAAUGGCCAGCUUGGAAUGGGAGCACUAAAGCUUGGAAGGUUGGCGAAAGCAUUGGCGGGUACUGUGAACGUAAAACGUAAAGCAAAAGGACUACUUCCUCGUCCAGUUCGAGCUGGUGUAGUCGGGUAUCCAAAUGUUGGUAAGUCAUCUCUGGUUAACCGUUUGCUGAAACGUCGGAUGUGUCCUGCAGCCCCAAGACCAGGUGUUACCAGAGAGCUGAAGUGGGUCCGCUUUGGGAAAGAUCUAGAGCUACUGGAUUCACCUGGCAUAAUUCCUAUGAGGAUCAGCGAUCAGACAGCAGCAAUAAAGCUUGCCAUUUGUGAUGAUAUUGGAGAGAGAUCUUAUGAUGCCUUAGAUGUUGCAGCCAUUCUUGUACAGAUGCUUUCAAGGCUUCCAACUGUUGGUAAUAAAGCUCUUUGUGACCGCUACAAGAUUGAGGCAGAUGGAUGCUGCGGUAAAAUAUUUGUUCAGAAGCUCGCUGUUCAGUUAUUUAAUGCAGACAAUAACCAAGCAGCAUUUCGUAUCUUGCAAGAUUUCCGGAAAGGGAAAUUUGGUUGGAUAGCACUAGAGCGGCCACCCAGGUAGACGUGUGCGAUUCAGACCUCCUUCUUGUGCUUUCAUGUAUGUCACUUAAAGUUAUGGAAAGUUCUUGGAAGCUUCUCUAAAUCAACAUUUCAGUUCUUAGACGGGAAAAACCCAGGAAGCUGUUGCAUCUUUCAUGUGAACUUUGGGGUGGUUCAGAAAUGCUUGCAAGCUAGAAAGCUAUAUAUCACCGGACCUAUUCAAUGAAGCUACGUAUGGUGUAAUUGGUUCUUGAGUUCCAUUAAUGACAGACAAGCUAAAUCAUACAGAAAUGACGACUUAGGUUCUUAAUUGUGGGUUGUAACUUUUAUCUGCAGACAACUAAAUCAUAGUUUGGCUACAAUUCCAUUAGCUGGACUUGGCCGAAACAUUCCAACUUUAGUUCUCUACCUCCUAUAUGGAGGUGCUGAGUUGGUGAUGUAUAUUGUCAUGUAUAUCAGUACGCUCCAAGUCCAGUAAAUUAGACGAUAUUCGACUGAAAUCUAUGUUCAAAUUCUCUGCAUAUGUGAAAUGAAAUGCAGAGCAGGUGCAUAAAGGGAAGCAAGUCUAUUGCUACCAUAUCAUGUAAAGGGUUAUCAGUGUAACCAGACCUUUCACAUAAUGUGCUGUGUCCAUAGUAAAACACAUACACUCCA